UUGUUUUGGCAGACAGACAAUCAGUUGUCAACCUAUAUAUUUACACUUGACAGAUUUUGCAUUAUUUUUUUUGGAAUUUUGGGUCCAUAGGAGAAAACAAUAAUAACAAACUCGCACAAUGUUAAUAACACGCAUCGCACAAAUUAGAGCAGCUGCUGCCACUUUGUCCGCCGCAUCUUCACCCGUUAUGAGACAACUUUUGGGUAGAGCCAUCACGGAGACACAAAGGCGACAAUCCACACAUUUUCGCAGUGGAGCUCUGAAACCGAAACCCGAAGAAACCCCAUUUGGCAUGGUGGGUGUACUGUGUUCGGUAUUGCCUGGUCUUUUUAUUGGGGCUGCGAUUAGUAAAUCUGUGGCCAAUUUUCUGGAGGAGAAUGAUCUAUUUGUGCCAGAGGAUGAUGAUGACGAUGAGGAUUAAAACCUCGCCCAAGGUUUUGUUCAAGAGCAAUUGAAAUGCCAGACAAGACGACAAUAGCACAUUUUUUAUUGUAUUGGAGCACACACAGACACAACACACUACACUAGUCAUAUGUACUACUACUUGUUAUAUAGUGAAUCUUAAGGAACGACAAAAGUUAACACAAAACUAAAACACCAUCAAAAUACGAAGCAAAUUGAAGGAAUUGCUUGACCAGCCAAUGAUGGCUACUCUCGACACACCAAAAACACACAACCUAUAGAAAAAAUUCAAGGUUAUGUUAAAAUUUGUUCGAUAAAGAAACAUAUAUCCCUUGUUUUUUUCUCAAUAGCGCACAGUUUUCUUUUUUUUUCGCUGGACCAUAGCACAAAAUCAAUGGACUAUAUUAAAUAUCGAAAUCGUAUUGUUUUCUUCGUUCUUCUCUCUGGAAAAGAAAACUUUUCUCUUAUACAUAUAUAUCUUUCAAUCUCUCUUUUUAUAUAUAGUAAUUAUAAGCUAUUUGAAACAGUCUACUACGCUGAUGAUUAUGAAUGAUUAUUCUUCUUAAGCUUAAUUUUUUUUCUUUCUUUCUAAAAACAAAAGCAUUUUCUUGUUUACCAACAACAAAAUUAUAAAGAUACAAUUAUAAUCAACGAAAUAAAAUAGAAAUAUGAAUUAUGUUAAUAUGUACCUAACAAAUCAACAAUGUAUGAAUGAA